AUGGGUCAGGGGCUUAGCUGCGGAAGUAAUGAAGAGAAGGAAUAUUUUAUUGCAGUUCGGUUUGGGCAUUUAGCAACCGUUGAGCAAGUAUUGGAAAGGGAUUCCACUUUUGUUCACCAUUACACGGCCUACGAUCGCAACUCGGCUUUGCAUAUUGCUGCUGUCCAUGGCCAGAUCGAGGUUCUUUCGUUGCUUCUGGACCGAUCUGUGAAGCCGGAUUUGUUAAAUCGUCACAAGCAGACUCCAUUAAUGUUGGCUGCAAUGCAUGGCAAGAUCUCCUGUGUGAUGAAGCUAAUUGAAGCUGGUGCUAAUAUUUUAAUAUUUGAUUCACUUAACGGAAGAACGUGCUUGCAUUACGCCGCAUACAAUGGCCACUCGGAUUGCCUUGGACUCAUACUUUCUGCAGCCAGAACCUCCCAAGUGGCUUCUUCUUGGGGAUAUUCUCGUUUCGUAAACAUUAGAGAUGGAAAAGGGGCAACACCGUUGCAUUUGGCAGCCCGUCAAAGGCGGCCUGAAUGUGUUCACGUGUUGUUGGACAGUGGAGCUCUCGUUUGUGCUUUAACAAGUGGAUAUGGCUUUCCGAGUAGCACACCCCUUCAUUUGGCUGCAAGAAGUGGUUCUCUUGAUUGUAUAAGAGAAUUGCUUGCUUGGGGUGCUGACCGGCUUCAAAGAGAUGCAUCCGGGAGAAUACCAUACACAAUAGCUUUAAGGAAUAAGCAUGGAGCAUGUGCAGCUUUGCUGAAUCCCUCAUCCGCAGAGCCCCUUGUUUGGCCUUCACCUUUAAAAUUCAUAAGUGAGCUUAAUGACGAGGCAAAAAGCCUUCUAGAGAAUGCACUUAUGGAGGCUAACAGGGAGCGGGAAAAGGCCAUCUUAAAGGGAACGGCUUACUCAAUGCUAUCACCAUCAGCAUCUGACCCUGAGACUGAUAAUGUGUCUGAGGUUAGUGAGACGGAGCUUUGCUGCAUAUGUUUCAACGGGUCAUGUGGCAUCGAGAUCCAAGAGUGCGGGCACCAAAUGUGUGCCCACUGCACGCUUGCCUUGUGCUGCCACAAUAAGCCGAACCCGUCAACCGCUUGCCCCUCGGUGCCCGUUUGCCCCUUCUGCAGGAGCAACAUUGUAAGACUAGUUGUUGCCAAUGUUGAAACUGGAAAAGAAAAGGAGCGUGACAUAAGCAGCUUCACAAAGCCCCGCAAAUCUUGGAGGUCAAGGAACUCGAGCGAAGGGAGUAGCAGCUUCAAGGGUUUAUCUGCUAUAGGCUCGUUCGGAAAAAUGGGCCGCGGUUCAGGCCGGAUAGUUGCUGAGAAUGAGUGGGUCGAUAAGCCCUUGAGCCUCGAUACAUAG